AUGGCUAAGCUGAACAUCAACGGCAACGACGUGGAGUUGGAAUUUGAUCCCAACACACCGUUACUCUGGGUCUUACGUGAACAGGCAGGCCUGACCGGCACCAAGUAUGGUUGCGGCAUUGCGCAAUGUGGCGCGUGCACGGUGCACAUCGACGGUAACCCCAUUCGCGCCUGUGUCUAUCCGGCAAGUGCCGUGCAGGCCAGUCAGAAAAUCACCACCAUCGAAGGUCUCUCUGACAGCGGCGAUCAUCCGGUGCAACAGGCAUGGGUGGAACUUGACGUGCCUCAGUGCGGAUUCUGUCAGUCCGGCAUGAUUAUGGCGGCGGCAGCCCUGCUGGCAAACAAUGCAGCGCCAAACGACGCUGACAUUGAUCAGAACAUCACAAACAUCUGUCGUUGUGGCACCUUUCAGAGAUUUUUAAUCUCCAGCGCACUCAGCGGUGCAGGCUUGUCCCUGGGCAUGUCAUUGCCCGUGAAUGCAGAAACAGCAGCAGGCACUACCGAAGAAGUGAACGCCUGGGUUGUUGUACAGCCUGACGACACCGUGAUCAUACGCAUCGCAAGGUCCGAAAUGGGUCAGGGCACACUCACUGGCCUUGCUCAGAUGGUUGCGGAGGAACUCGAAUGUGAUUGGGACAAAGUAACCUGGGAAUAUCCAACCCCUGGCCAGAACGUUGCCCGCAACAGAGUCUGGGGCAGCUUUGCUACCGGUGGCAGCCGCGGUAUUCGUGGCAGCCAUCAAUACGUUCGUGAAGGUGGUGCGGCGGCACGCAUGAUGCUAAUCGAAGCAGCUGCAGGUUUAUGGCAGGUGCCCGUCAGCGAAUGCACGGCGUCCAAUAGCGUCAUUACGCAUACACCCAGCAAGCGCACGACUACCUACGGCAAAGUUGCCACCGCAGCUGCUCAGCUGGUACCCCCAACUGAUGUGCCGUUGAAAGAUCCAAAAAACUGGAAGGUCAUCGGUCAGCCGUUGCCUCGUCUGGAUACCAUCGAGAAAACCACCGGCAAACAGAUCUACGGUUCAGAUCUCAACCUGCCGGGGAUGUUGAACGCGGCGAUCAAAGCCUGUCCUGUUACCGGUGGAAAACUCGCUUCUUUUGACACAUCAAAAGCAAAGGCCAUGCCUGGUGUUAAAUCCAUUGUCGAUGUCGACGAUGUCGCCGUUGCCGUUAUUGCUGACACCUGGUGGCAGGCAAAAACCGCCUUGGACGCUGUGGACAUCGAAUGGGACUAUGGUCCAAACGCAAACGUGUCCCAGGCGGAUAUCGUUGCAGAUAUCGUUGAAGGGUUGACCGCGGAGCAGGCCUUUGUGGGCAAUGAAAACGGCAAUGUCAAAGAAAGCCUGGCAAAAGCUGCCAAGCGUAUUGAAGCCACCUACAGCUAUCCCUUUCUGAACCAUGCCACCAUGGAGCCGAUGAACGCGACAGCAGUGUGGACCAAGGACGCCUGCGAGGUCUGGUGCCCGACUCAGAACGGUGAAUCAGCCCUGGCAGCCACCGCUGAAGCUGCUGAUCUGCCGAUUGAGCAAUGUGAAGUUCAUAAAGUCAUGCUGGGUGGCGGCUUUGGCCGGCGCGGCGCACCUGACUAUAUUAAUCAGGCGGUGAAAAUCGCCAAAACCAUGCCGGGCACGCCCAUCAAACUGAUGUGGACCCGGGAAGAAGACAUGAAACAUGGGUUUUACCACCCCAUCACCCAGGCACGACUUGAAGGUGGUCUGGAUGAUGACGGUAACCUGACCGCUUUACACCUGCGCAUCUCCGGCCAGUCUAUUCUGGCUACGCUGAUUCCGCAGGGGUUGCAGGACGGCAAAGACCCUGCUGUGUUUCAAGCCUUGUUACCCUCCGGUGACCAGGCCAUCAGCUACAGCGUGCCCAAUCUGCUGAUCGAUCACGCCAUGCGCAACAGCCAUAUCAGACCGGGAUUCUGGCGCGGCGUUAACGUCAAUCAGAACGCCAUUUAUAUGGAGUGUUUCAUGGACGAACUGGCGCAUGCAGCAGAGGUUGAUCCGCUGCUGUUUCGUCAGCGCCUGAUGAAAGACAACCCUAAAGGCAUGGCGGUGCUUAAUGCCGCCGCUGAAGGUGCUGGUUGGGGCACACCUGCAGCACCGGGCGUGCACCGUGGCCUGGCUACCUGUUACGCCUUUGGCAGCUAUGUAGCAGCGUGCGCGGAAGUGUCCGUUGAUGAGGCAGGCGCUUUGAAAAUGCACCGCAUCGUGGCGGCUACCGACCCGGGUUAUGCAGUUAAUCCUCAGCAGAUUGAGGCCCAGGUGGAAGGCUCGUUUGUUUACGGCCUGUCUGCUCUGUUGUACGGCGAAUGUACAGUCAAAGAUGGCGAAAUCGAGCAGGACAACUUCCAUACGUUCUCAUCUAUGCGUCUGGCUGAGAUGCCAAAAGUUGAAACCAUAGUGAUGCCUUCAGGUGGUUUCUGGGGCGGUGUGGGUGAACCGACCAUCGCUGUGGCGGCGCCGGCAGUUCUGAAUGCCAUCUUUGCCGCAACCGGUAAUCGGGUUCGCGUGAAACUAACGGACCUGGGCUACAGCGUGCUGCUGCUGCUUGCGUCAGCAACAGCGGCAGCCGAUAUGAAAGCGGCUGAUCGCAAAUCAGCCGCCGCCAUCAGCACGCAGGCAUGUUAUGGGUGCCACGCUGAACCAGGCACCCCAGCCACCGGCCUUGUCGCAUUCAGCGCAACAGCUGAGCUGGAUAUUGCAAUCAAGUUAAAAGCCUUUCACAGCGGUGAGUUAAAUGGCACCGUCAUGAAUCGUAUCAGCCGUGGCUACACACCCGCGGAACUUGAGCAGCUCGCAGCAGUGAUGGCGCGGGUUGUAAUCAUUGGAGGCGGAUUUGCUGGUGCAAGCGUGGCGCGGGAACUGCGCCGACUGAAUCAGCAUUUAUCGGUUUCGCUGAUCGAAGCAAACCCCACCUACACCGCCUGCCCGCUCAGCAACAUGGUGAUUGGUGGCCACCGCGAGAUCACCGAGCAACAGUUCAGCUACGCCGGCUUGGAUGGUGUCGGGGUUAAUGUCAUUCACCAAUACGCAGUGGACGUUGAUCCAGAGCGCCGCACGGUCACGCUGCGCAACAGCGAAAAGCUGGGCUAUGACAAACUGAUCCUGGCGCCAGGGAUAGACCUGGACUGGCAGGCACUGCAAGGCUACGACAAAGCCGCCGCCCAACUUCUACCACAUGCCUGGAAAGCCGGCGCCCAGACGACGCUUUUGCGUGACCAACUGCGUAACAUGCGGCAAGGUGGCCUGGUGGUCAUGUCCGUACCGAAAUCACCUUAUCGAUGUCCUCCUGGCCCCUACGAACGGGCCAGUCUCAUUGCGGGAUACCUGAAACAGAACAACCCACGCGCUAAAAUGCUCAUUCUUGACAGCAAAGACAGCUUUUCGAAGAAACCCCUGUUCAUGUCAGCCUGGCAAACCCUUUACGGCGACAUCAUUGAAUGGCAGGGCGAAUCAGAUGGCGCAACGGUGACUGCCGUUGAGGCGAACAACCGCUCUGUUAUCACAGACUUUGAAACCGUGCAGGCGGAUGUGGCCAACAUCAUUCCGCCACAAAAAGCCGGGGCUAUUGCACAACUGGCCGGUGUUGCCGACCGCUCUGGCUGGUGCCCGAUUGAGCCGCUCACUUUUGCAUCUACGCUGCAGCCGGACAUCCAUGUGAUUGGUGAUGCAGCAAUCGCCAAUGCGAUGCCCAAAUCCGCAUUUGCAGCCAAUGCACAGGCAAAACUCUGCGCGGUACAGAUUACCCGUUUGCUCAAUGGCGAAUCCCCGGUCAGCAGCAAGCUGAUAAACACCUGCUACAGCCUGGUGGCACCCGACUAUGGCAUUUCUGUUGCUGGCGUGUAUCAACCCAACAAAAAGAUAUGGGCUGAAAUUGACGGAGCUGGCGGUGUCAGCCCUGCCAAUGCAUCAUCCGAAACGCGAGCACUCGAAGUGGCACAAGCCUACCUGGACCAGCCCGUAUUAAGCGCCAACGAAAUGGCUGACCUGGUGGCUUUUCUGCUCACUCUGCUCCUGGCGGCUGUAUCUGAGCCCCUGCAGACAACCAUCGAGCGGGAUUUUCCUGGCGCAGAUAUACAACCGGGACGGAUCAACAUAGAACUACCUGCGCUGGCGGAAAACGGAAAUUCGGUACGUAUUAAAGUCAGCGUCGACAGCCCCAUGACUCAGAGCGAGCACGUGACGUUCAUUCAAUUGAUCGCAGAAGCCAAUCCACUGCCGGAUAUUGCCCGCUUCGAACUCUCUCCAGCCAGUGGUCUUGCAGAGGUGGAAACCCGCAUCCGUGUAUCCGCAGAACAGGAUAUUGUGGUGGUGGCCGGCCUCAGUGACGGCAGCCUCUGGAGUGGUAGCGCCCAUAUCGUAGUCACUGUUGCCGCUUGUCUGGAUGCGCUGUACUGA